AUGGCUUCGCGUCUUGCUAAGAGCGCCAUUGGUGCUGCCCGCCUGCGGCCGACCCUUCCCACGCGCAACAUCGCUGCCAUCAACCUCUCCGCAACCCGCGCUGCUUCGAACGUCCCUGCCGAAGACCCCAAGCAGAAGGCUCAGUCGAUCCUCGAUGCUCUCCCAGGCAGCUCUUUGGUCUCCAAGACCGCCAUCCUCUCCGCGACCGCCGGUCUUUCCAUCGCCGCUAUUAGUAACGAGCUCUACGUGAUGAACGAGGAAACCGUUGCUGCCUUCUGUCUGCUCAGCGUUUUCACCGCUGUUGCCAAGUACGGUGGCCCUGCUUACAAGGAGUGGGCUGAGGGCCAGGUUCAGAAGCACAAGGAUAUCCUGAACGCCGCCCGUGCCGACCACACCAACGCCGUUAAGCAGCGCAUUGAGAACGUCCAGGAGCUGUCCAGCGUUGUUGAGGUCACCAAGCAGCUCUUCGCUGUUUCCAAGGAAACCGCCCAGCUCGAGGCUCAGGCCUACGAGCUCGAGCAGCGCACCGCUCUUGCAGCCGAGGCCAAGCAGGUACUUGACUCGUGGGUCCGCUACGAGGGCCAGGUUAAGCAGCGCCAGCAGCGUGAGCUUGCCGACAGCAUCAUUGGCAAGAUUCAGAAGGAGCUCGAGAACCCCAAGGUUCUCCAGCAGAUCCUCCAACAGAGCGUUGCGGACGUUGAGCGCAUCAUGUCCUCCAAGGCCCAGUAA